GCAAAGAAAGGCAAAAAGUCUGGGAUUGGGUCCCUUUUUGACAAGCGCUCAACUCCAAAAAUGAGUAAACUUAAAGAAGUUCACAGCCCGGAGUCAGAGGUGAUAGUGAACACAGCAAAAGAUGGAGGUGCAGAGGGUCUUGUUUUUAGUGGAGGAGGAAAAGAUGGACUCUUCAUUAAAGAAGUGGUGCCAGAGUCACCCGCUUCAAAAAACCUGAGUGUAAAGGAAGGUGAUCAGAUUCUGAGUGCCACUGUUUAUUUUGACAAUGUGACAUACGAGGAUGCCAUUCAGAUCCUGGAACACGCUCAGGCUUACAAAGUGAAGCUCUGCCUGAAACGGAAGCCAGACAUCACAGAGAGUGAACCGGGGGACGAUAUGUCCACUCCAGAGAUGAGGGAGCCAGGAAAAACAAAAAGGCAUGGUGAUGCUCGCAUUUCAUGGCCAAAGUUUCCCUCAUUCGGAAAAGGACGCAAGUCCCACUUCAAAAGGUCUCACAGUUCCUCAGAGGCUGAUGAGCAGAGGAAGCUGGAGCUGAGUCCCACCACAAGUGACACAGAGUCACCAAUAAAAACUCAGGAGGCUCUCAAAGGCAAGAAGAGGCACAAGGUGAAGCUUUCUGUACUGAAGAAGAGAGGCCGCGUAAGCUCAUCUGAAGACCAGGAUACAGAUGUACCAACACCUGGACCUGUCAAUGGAGUUGAUGUUCACCAGACACAGGGGCCAUCAGAUUUAAAUUCACCUGAGUGCCUUGACAGCCCCUCUGGACAAACUCCUCAAGUCUUUGUGACAGACAAUCUGGACGUAAUGGCAGGCUCUGACAAACACAAGGUGGAACUCAUUAGUGUAGACAGCACUCUGAAAACAACAGAUCUAACAAUGGCUCUGGCAGAUCAAGAAAGUCCCUCUGAACCAAAAAUAUUAGAUGCUGAUCCAGCGAAGACUGAGACAGACAGUGGGGUCCUUGGCUCUCCGAGUAAAUUUAAACUACCAUCAUUGAAAAUACCAAAGCUUGGUUUUUCAAAAUCCAAACCUGAAGAUGAAUAUGUCCCUGUUGAUACUCAAUAUGAACAAAAUCAGGAAAUGGAAAUGGCAGUUGAGUCACAAGGACCUGGGAAAUCACCCAAAUUAACUUUAACAUCAUUUGGUGAAAUCCUCAAAAGUAUUGAUGUUGAAUUUGAUGUUCCAACAAUAGAAGAAGUGGAAGAAAAGCUUUCACCCUCAAAGGAGGUGUGUGGACAAGAUGAACUCAGUGUUCAGACAAAGCAUCCACAGAAAGAGGACGAAAUGACAGAAACAAAAAGCAAACAAAAAUUCAAAUUUCCUGGGCUGAGUUUUAGUUGGUCACCAGAGGAAGCUGAAACAGGUGACAGUGGACAUAUGGCAGAUACAACUGGAGGUGCAAAGCAGCCAGAGAAGAAGCAAACAAAUAUCAAGCAAGAUCCAGGUAAAAGUCCUGAGAGGGCUGGCUGGUUAAAAUUCCCCAAAUUUGGACUGUCUUCUCCAUCAGAACCUGGCAAGGGUUCCAAAAAAGAGGACCAUGAGAGUGAAAAGAGCCCCACAAUGGACACAAUGGACGAGGAUGUUAGCACAACCUGCUCAAUUCGCUCAUCUGAUGCUUUUGCUGAUAUUAGCUCUACUGUAACAAGUGAACAAGUUGGCCUGUCUUUAUCCUCUCCAACCAAGGUAACUGUGAAAUACUCAGAUCCUAAUGCCACUAUGGGUCUUGGAGAGGUUCAUGGUAAUGUCAUUACUUCCACCACAAGAACUGAGCGGAUCUCAGUUGAGCCCAACUUGCCUGAAAAAGUCACUAUACCAUCCUCUGAUGUUUCAUCUUCAUCAGCCGACACUCUCAAACUGGAAUCUGGAAAAAUACACGUCAUAAAAUCAAAUAUACAAGCAACCCCAGAGGCGCAGCAUGCCAAGCUACUAACAGAUUUCAAAGUCCAAACAGCUGGAGGCCUGCCCCUAAAAUCAGAGUCCAAAGAAGCUACAUCGUGGUCUACAGAAGAGACAUAUAAAACACAGGGUGGCAAGACAACAUUUGUUAAGAGGCAUGUAGUUAGGGAAACAUCAAGUGAAAACAGAGAAACAGUUGUCAUAACUAAACAAAUGACACAUGUAUAUGGCGUAGACCCUGCUGAGCCCAUCUCAGAUGAAACAGCAUCAUCUAUUCAACGGCUAAAAGACUCUGUGCACACUGAGAAAAUGAGGUUUUUUGAUAGAGCCAAGAAGUAAAAUAACUUGUGGUGAACAUGGUGUGAAGCAAAACUUCUCAUCAACUAGCCUCAGUGGCCGGUAUAUUCAGAACUUUACGGGCCAAAUCAGUCGUGGAAUGGCAAAAUGAGAUCGAAAAAUGGUUGGCAAUCUGACAAAGUGGCCAGCAGAAAGAACAAACUUACCAACCGCAGGAUAGAUUUGUUGGUGUUUGGAUGUUGGCUGGCAUUAGGUUGCAUGUCAAAGACCUGCAAAGAGAUGAAAAGCUAAUAUAAUUUACAAUGAAAAUGUGAUGAAGUUGUAAAUACACAGUGUAAUCGAGUGCCCUUAUAGCAUUCAGUACAGGGCUUUAUGAAAUAUCCUUGCUUAUGAUACAGAAUUAAAGUAAGCCAUGUCUCCUUAUGAUAAAAAAAAAAAAAAAACUGGUAAUUUUUCAAUCUUUUAUGUAGAACAUAGGUCAGAGUUA